CUUGAUUGGUUCUUUAUCAAACAAGCUAUGACUACCUCUUCCUCCGAACCUCAUCCGCUCUCAUCACCCUCAUCUUACACCAUCAUCCUUAGUCUUCGUAACAUUGUGGCUGCAUCUGGCAUCGUAUCCACUCCGAGAUCCUGUUCGGCUUGCCCCACAGUUGCAUCAUGAGAGGUCGCCCUCGAUUCCGUGUGGCUCCCUGCAAGUACUGUAACAAGGAGUUCAAGCGACAGGAGCAUCUAGAACGUCACAUUCGCACGCACACCCGGGAGAGGCCGUUUGGUUGUGUCUGUGGCCGCACAUUCUCAAGACCAGAUCUUCUAAACCGUCAUCGUCGACUGUCUCAAUGCUCAAACCCAGCUACAAGUAUACCUCCAGACACAGCUUCUAGUGGUCAAGAAGCCGUCUCCCCCUCUAAGAUUAUCUAUCAGACAUCUCCAACAGGGGAUACUAUAAUCUCCCCCUCAGACAGUAGCCAUGGAAGAACACCCCUCAAUCCCGACUUUACAACCCAGACAUCUGUGACCCGAAAUGUCAUUACAGGACCAACCACCGCAAUGAAUAGCAGCGCGCCGGUAGAGUACUCUCAAAAGCAGCUCAUGGGGAAGUUCUCAAUACGCGACCUAGACACGAGUAGCCAGGAGCAGCAGCCAAGCUACUCUCCUCGUGAUAGCGGUGUUGCGGCUCGCAGCGACAUUAACAUGGACAACACCAUCGAAACUGGAUCUGACUUUACACAGCUUCAGCUAUUCGAUAUCGAUUUUCUUGCAAAUGAAACAGACAUGAUAAGUGGAUAUCUCAUGGAUAUCUUUCCGCCAAUGGACUACCAGCAGCCAAUGAUUGAGGACGUUUCCGACACCUAUAGCGGUUCUCAACCACUUUCCGCAGGUUUAGGGUCCAAUAACCUUGAGAUAUCGACUCUUAUGCAAAAUGAGAUGCCACCGUCACAGAGCAGGACUUCUGUGGUCCAAUUGGUACCAAGUCAGACAAACCAGGCACAGGAUUCACUUGGUCGUUCACUCGACGCGAUUGAAGACGUCGUAGCAACGAAUCCAUGGACUGUAUCGGCAGCGGCGUACGAAAAACUUACUGCCGAAGUUGAAAAGCACAUCAACGUGUUGCCAGAGCCGUUCACCCUCCCCAGCCGGCAAACAUUAUCGAGAUAUGUUGCGAGCUGGAUGCGGGGCUUUCAUCCUCAUUUGCCUUUCAUUCAUAUACCAACAACUUGCUUGGAGGACAAGACGCCAAUGCUUGUGUUGACUCUUGCGGCGACUGGGUCGUUCUAUGGGUUUGAACACACGCACGGCUACGCCAUGUACUUUAUUGCAAAGUCUAUCAUUACCCAUGAGCUCGAAAAGCGUCGCCGGGCCUCUACUUUACACCUGCUUCGAACUUUUCCACGAUACGCCGGGCUGCCCACCGGUUCCCCAGAUGCAACCGCACAGACAUGGGCAACGCCACCAUCCGCAACAUCUGGCUCUGUCGAUAUUGAACUUUUACAGUCUCUUUUAGUGCUUGUGCUCACAAUGGCUUGGCUUGAUGGGCCACUUGCACAGGAUGCACUCGCUAUGAGCAGCCAACUUACAGAGCUAACUCGCGAAGCGCUCAAAUAUCCCGUUCCAGAAAUUGAAGCAGAUAACUGGAGUGCUUGGGCUCAUGAAGAAGAGAGGCGACGCACUCUGUUCUCGGCCUACUUUGUGAUCAAUAUACUCACUAUUUGCUUCAAUGUACCACCUCAAAUCACCAGCUCAGAGGUCAGCAUUCCACUUCCAUCUUCGGAAGCAGAGUUCAAGGCUGCCACUUCGAACGCAUGGCUUAGCUUGCGGCAAAAGAGCAAUGCCCGUCAGCCGGAUUUUCAACUCUGUCUGCUGCAGUUGCUGUCUGGGAAGCCGCUUGCAAAAGAAGAUUCUGCUACGGAAUUCGGAAAUUACAUGCUUGUUCAAAGCCUGCUGAUACAGGUAUUUUUCGAACGUCAAGUAGCGUCCUCAGUGUUGAGUUCAUCAACGAGCCUGUCACUGGACACCAUUUCACUUUAUGAGAACGCCUAUAGUGCCUGGCAAUCGUGCUGGGAUUCAGCUAUCGAAUCUGCUCUGGAUCCUAACUCUCCUCAUGGCCCCCUGGCCUUCAAUUCGACUGCCAUGCUUCGCUUGGCUCACGUCCAUCUCGCAGUUGGCCUCCAGAGCCACUGCGCUCUCCGCUCACGCGAUCCGAGGAUUGUUGCUCAGGCAUUCGAACCUCACCAAAACCCCAUUCCACUCCGCGCACCUCAUCUAGACCAGGCAGUUUUUCAUGCCAUUUGCGCGUUAAGAAUACCGGUGAGGGUUGGGAUAGCGUUUGUCGCGCGGGGUCGAACAGGGCAUUGGAGUGUUCAGCACGCCAUCAGCAACUUUGCAUGUGCGCUCCUGCUCACUCACUGGCUUGGAAACCUUUUUCAUCUGGUUUCUUCUGAUGGUAUGGAAAUCCUACGAUAUGAGGAGAAGCGAUUACUUUCUAUUGUCGAACGGCUGAUUGAGGAGACUCAUCUGGAGGGCUCCCUAGGCUCAAAAAAUGACUACCCUCGCCGGAUCCGACGUCUGGCUAUUGCUGCAGUAAGACUCUGGGCAGAGACAUGCAGAGGAAUACAGGUAUUUGAGAUUGUUCAUGUGGUGGGGGAGACAUUGUCUCUUGUUGCGGAGUCAUUGGAAAGUCGCUUCCUUUGACGUCUUGAAUCAUUCAGCAAGCUGAGUUUGUUGCGUAUCGAUACUGCCACAAUGGUCUGGCUUCAAUGCUAAUCUCAUUUUACUAUAACAAGUAAAUAUGCUCAAGUCUACUCAUAGAGGGGAACAAUUUG